AGAUUCAGAUCUCUUCUCGUUCUCCGUUUUUCGAAAAUAUCCCAUUUCUUCUCAAAAGCUCCCAAUUCCGCCAUAAAAAAAUGGCGUCGUUUCGGAUCUUUCUAGCAAUCUCCCUCGUUUCUCUCCUCCUCUUUGUAACUCUCACUCCCUCGAUCUCCAAGACAACCAAAAACGACGACGUCGAGGACGACGAGGAUCUCCGUUUCCUCGAAGAAACGGAAGGAAAAAGCGACGCCGGUUCUCAUCACUCUCACUUCAACGAGGAAGACGAGGAUGACCAAUACGGCGACUUAGACGACGAUGACUUCGGAAACUUCCAUGAUUUCGACGACUCUGAUUCGGAUCAGUACAAGGAACCAGAAGUCGACGAUAAGGACGUAGUCGUUUUAAAGCAUGGGAACUUCAGCGAUUUCAUCGAGAAGAUCAAGUUCGUGAUGGUUGAGUUCUACGCGCCUUGGUGUGGCCAUUGCCAGGCGUUGGCUCCGGAGUACGCUGCAGCGGCGACAGAAUUGAAAGGGGAGGAAGUGGUGUUGGCCAAGGUGGAUGCCACUGAGGAGAAUGAGCUGGCUCAAGAGUAUGAUGUGCAGGGUUUCCCCACUGUUUAUUUCUUUGUUGAUGGAGAACAUAAGCCUUACCCUGGUGCUAGAAGCAAGGAUGCCAUAGUGACCUGGAUUAAAAAGAAGAUAGGACCUGGUAUAUACAACGUUUCCACUAUCGAGGAAGCUGAACGCAUCUUGACUUCUGAAUCUAAAGUUGCAUUGGGAUACUUGAAUUCUUUGGUGGGUCAUGAGAGUGAGGAGCUUGCUGCAGCUUCACGUCUCCAAGAUGAUGUCAGCUUCUAUCAAACUGUGAAUCCUGAUGUUGCAAAGCUUUUCCAUUUAGACCCUCAAGUUAAAUGCCCGGCUUUGGUCUUAAUUAAAAAGGAGGCUGAAAAAAUAAGCUAUUUUGAUGGUCAGUUUGUCAAGACUGCAAUAUCCGAGUUUGUAUUCUCCAACAAGCUUCCUUUGAUUACAAUAUUUACUAGGGAAAGUGCUCCUUCAAUUUUUGAAAGCGAUAUUAAGAAACAGGUGUUGCUGUUUGCCGCGUCAAACAUUUCUGAGAAGUAUAUCCCAUCAUUCCAAGAAGCAGCCAAAAUUUUCAAGGGAAAGCUUAUCUUUGUUUAUGUGCAAGUGGAUAAUGAAGAUUUUGGAAGACCUGUUGCAGAAUAUUUUGGUGUCAGUGGAGAUGGUCCCAAAAUCCUUGCAUACACUGGAAACGAAGAUAGUAGGAAGUUUUUCUUUGAUGGAGAUGUGACAUUGGACAAAAUUAAGGCUUUUGGGGAAGAUUUUUUAGAAGAGAAGCUUAAACCUUUCUAUAAAUCCGACCCCAUUCCUGAAACUAAUGACGGGGAUGUGAAAAUUGUUGUCAGCAAUAACUUUGACGAUAUUGUUUUAGAUGAAUCAAAGGAUGUACUUCUUGAGAUCUAUGCACCUUGGUGUGGCCACUGCCAAUCUCUCGAGCCCACAUACAACAAGCUCGCCAAACAUCUUCAUGGUAUUGACUCUUUGGUUAUUGCUAAAAUGGACGGGACAACAAACGAACAUCCUAGGGCAAAGUCCGAUGGGUUCCCGACGAUUCUGUUCUUUCCAGCAGGAAACAAGAGUUUUGAUCCUAUUACCGUGGACACUGAUAGAACUGUAGUGGCGUUUUACAAGUUCCUGAAGAAACAUGCUUCAAUCCCUUUCAAGCUCCAAAAACCAGUUUCGGCAUCCAAAAUGGAAGCACAAUCAACUACAGAAACUUCUAGUGAUGAAUCGGAGGAGGAGAGCGUUACGAGCAGCCAUGAUGUGAAGGAUGAGUUGUAACUUUGUAACAUGAUGACCACAAUGAGGAAUUUAGUUUUUAAUGACAUCCUAAGUUAUUGUCCUUUAUAUAUGAGUAGAAAGAUUAAGGAAUAGGGACUGGAAAAGCGGGAUCCGAAUGUUGUUAUGGACGUCUUUUUUUCCAGGAUAAGAUGUUGAAGAAUAAAUGGCCCUUUGUUCCCCCA